AUGUGGAAGACAGAAAUGCAGACGUGGCGAUUUUGUGAACAACAGGAGGAGCAACGGGCAGGCGGGGAGGGCAGCUGCUGUCAGGUCGGCUUCAGUUCAGCAUCUGUCGGUGGGAGCCAGGGCGCAGUCAGGACUUCCCCUGCAGAAGGCAUGGCUCCUCCCUGCCUCAAUUGUUCCUUCUUUCCUGGACAGCUCUCCCCAAAUGCCUCAACGGGCCUCUUGUCCUGCAAUGACAGUGAGUUCAUGGAGCACUUUGACCUUGAGGACCUGAACCUUACUCAUGAGGACCUGAGGCUGAAGUACUUGGGGCCACAGCAGGUAAAACCGUUUUUGCCCAUCUGUGUCACGUACCUGUUGAUCUUCGUAGUGGGCACUCUGGGCAACGGGUUGACCUGCACCGUCAUCCUGCGCCAGAAGGCAAUGCACACGCCCACCAACUUCUACCUCUUCAGCCUCGCGGUGUCCGAUUUGCUGGUGCUCCUGGUGGGCUUGCCCCUGGAACUUUAUGAGAUGCAGCACCAUUACCCAUUCCAGCUGGGCGAGGUGGCUGUUACUCGGAUACUGCUUGAGACUGUCUGCCUGGUUUCAGUGCUCAAUGUCACGGCCCCUAAGUGGGAGCUGCAUGGGCCGCGGGUGCAACCACUCCAAGCCAUUCAGAUGACACGGACCCAUGUGCUCGCAUGUUGGGAGCCAUCUGGGUUCGCUAUUCUCUUCUCUCUGCCCAACACCAGCCUACAUGGACUGAAGCCACUCUAUGUACCCUGCCGGGGGCCGGUGCCCGAUUCAGUUAUGUGUACGCUGGUGCGUCCCCAGUUCUUCUACAAGUUGGUAAUACAGACGACCAUACUGUUCUUCUUCUGUCUGCCCAUGGUCACCAUCAGUGUGCUGUACCUGCUCAUUGGGCUGAGGCUGCGGAGGGAGAGGAUGUUGCUCCAAGAAGAGGUCAAGGGCAGGAUAUCUGCAGCAGCCAGGCAGGCCUCCCACAGAAGUAUUCAGCUUCGAGAUAGGGAACGCAGCCAGGUGACCAAGAUGCUAAUUGCUCUGGUUAUAGUAUUUGGCACCUGCUGGGUUCCAUUCCAUGCUGACCGGCUCAUGUGGAGUAUGGUGUCCCAUUGGACUGACGGCCUGCACAUGGCCUUCCAGUUUGUGCACCUUGCUUCUGGCGUCUUCUUGUACCUCGGCUCAGCGGCUAACCCGGUGCUCUACAACCUCAUGUCCACUCGCUUCCGAGAGUCCUUCCGGCAAACCCUGGGCCUUGGGACACGGUGCUGUCAUCGCCACCAACCGCGUCACGACUCCCAUAACCACCUUAGGUUGACCACAGUCAGCACCCUGUGUGACAGGAACAGCAGGGAUGGACCCCUGGCUGAGAACAGGGAUCCAGGGUGUCAGCAAGAGACAGACCCUCCUGAAUAA